AGCCCCAAGGGCUGGAGUUCAUAGAGCGUCCGGACAACGCUCUGAGACACGAGGUUUGAGUUUUGGGUGGUGCUGUGCGGAGCCAGAAUCUGGUCACACGCUCGUGAAUGUGUUUGUGUGUGUACGUCAGGCGGGGCCCGGCCACGCACUACCGAGGGGGAGCGCGGCGCUGCGGCUGCCUACCGGCAUCGCGGGCACAGCCGCCACAUGUUCUGAAACAGGAAAAGGUGUUCCAGUGGUAAUUCUGCAGUGAAGUCUUACAGGGAGUUUUACCUUGGUAAAGGUAUCCUGGACAAGUAGCAAGUAUUGCCUACCUUAAAAGGCACUUUUAGGAUGUCUGAAGAUGAUGAAAAAGUUAAGCUCCGUCGCAUUGAACCUGCCAUUCAGAAGUUCAUUAAAGUGGCGAUUCCAACAGAUUUGGAAAGAUUAAGAAAACACCAAAUAAAUAUUGAGAAGUAUCAAAGAUGCAAACUCUGGGACAGGUUGCAUGAAGAGCACAUUAAUGCAGGACGAACAGUUCAGCAACUUCGAGCCAAUAUGAGAGAGAUGGAAAAACUUUGUUUGCGAGUCCGACAGGAAGACAUCCCAGUUCUGCAACGAAUGAUAAACCCAGUGAAAGAUGAAGCUUCAUCUGCCAUAAAACACUUCCUGCAGCUCCAUUCUGAAUCUGCAGAAGAACUUAAAAGGCAACUAGAAGGACGGGAGGAUGCUUCCUUAACAAGAUCUGCAACCAUAGGAGGAGAAACUUCAUACAACACAGAAGCGAAGGAUGGCUCUCAAAGUUUAAUCCAGAUUUGCUCUCCCCUUCCUGAGAUACCUCAGAAUGAAAAUGCAGCUGAGUCCUGGGAAACAUUAGAAGAGGACUUAAUUCAGCUUAGCCAGCUGGUGACCGAGUUCUCUGUGUUAGUCAAUGUAAGCAUUAAUCACAUUCCGUAUUGGAAGCUUUCAGAAAUGAGGUCUCAGCAGGAGAAGAUUGACAGGAUUGAAGACCAUGUCAACAGUGCUGCUGCGAAUACAGAAGAGGGAACCAAAAACCUGGCGAAGGCUGCGAAAUACAAGCUGGCAGCUCUGCCCGUGGCAGGUGCAGUCAUCGGAGGAGUGGUAGGAGGUCCUAUCGGUCUCCUUGCGGGCUUCAAAGUGGCAGGAAUUGCAGCUGCACUUGGUGGUGGGAUUUUGGGUUUCACAGGUGGAAAACUGAUACAAAAGAAAAAACAGAAACAGAUCGAGCAGGUCUCUUGCAGCUGUCCACAGCUUUCUUGUCAAAGUGCCAAAAAAUCCAGCUGAAGUUACGAGGAGGAACAGAAGUACAGUAGCUGUGCUAAUGACAGACUUGCAGCCUCCUGCUUUAGAUCUGAGGCUGAGGUGUGAAUUCUGCAGCAGUACGGUUACGUGGGAAGGGUGAAACGGUAACGUCAGAACUUUGGGGCUUUCUCUUUUCAGACGUGAUAAGCGACUUCAAUCUUUUAACUCUGACAACUAUAGGGUAACUUUUAAUUAUAAAACUCUUAUUAGAGAGAUGUGAACAGCUGAUGGGUGACAGGUGCUUCAAGCCAAAUUUGCACAAAAUGCCUUUAGAUCAAGAGAUUUAGAAAAUGAGUGCUUUCUCAUGAACACCCUCCCCAGAAGACGGACCUUGUAUUAUAUUAUUAUCGUAAUAAUUGUAUGUUAUUCUAAAUUCCUGUCCGCCAGACACAGGAAAAUAAGCUUCCAUCUCUCCUAUAUGUUCAGGGCACUUUAAAAUAUCCCCUCUUUUAUCUGCAUUCCCAAACUCCUCCUGUGGAUACCACCGGGACAGAAGCACUGUUUGCCAUAGAGUAAGGUUAAAACAUUGGGUGAGUAUUAUAGAGAAACAUAAAUGCAUCCAGCAUCUGUCUGCAUCAGCCAGCUCAGAUUUUAGCACCUUUUAUUUAUUUUCUGUACCUUCCCAGCUAUUCAAAGCGUGGUUAAGAUUUAAACAGCCUAAGAAGCAGCACUGGGGGAAAAAGUCAUUUUCCAUGGCACUUCAGCUCCUUGGCUUGUCUCAAGAACCGUGCUCAGAACGAAGCACCAACCUUUAGCACUCUGAGCCAGGAACCUCAGCUGCCUUUAGCGGUGCUCAGGGCCAGCUGCUGCCCUCACUUCUCCUGUUGUGGCACCAGCGAUGCUGUGGCAGGAGAGCUGUGCUGGAGGUGCGCUCCCUCCAUGGCCUUUAUCCAAGGAUGGGUAUCUUUUAUACCAAGGGUGGAUGGAGAAGCAGCAAGGCCCGGUGACAAAUCUGUGCAGUGGGGCAGCUGUUGUGCUGGCUGCUUUACAGUAUGUGGUCCACCCUUGCUCAGGUCAGCACCUGUACAGCGCUCAGCUCUUGAGACUUGUGCUCUAUUCCCCAUGUACGGCUGCCUCUUGGCCUUUUCAGUGGAGAUUUUGGGGUGUGUUGUUAGGGCUUUCUCUAGCUUUUUACAGCAAUAUUCUGCCUUCCUGAUGUCACUGCUUCAGAAGCCAUUUGCUUAAGUUACCUCUGCCAUUGUACACCAGAGUGCUCGUGCUUUUAUUUUCACAUCAUCUGUUACACAUAUAGUCCUACCUCCAUCUUUUGAGAAUGGAGCGUUCCCUAGCAGGGAAUGCUGGAUACAGAAGCUAAGUGUACAGAGAGCUCCCUUUUGUUAACCAUGGGAAGAACCAUCUGCUAAUGGCAGGUGAUAGGUUUUUGUGCCUAGAGACACUGUAAGCAACUGUUAAUUACAGCACAAGCAUCUUUUCCUGAAUGGUUCUUCCGUACUACUUUUACAGUGUGACUGGAAUUGCUAUCAGCCAGAGCAGCACAUCUAAUUUAAGCAUGUCUGAGGCUCAGGGAAGCAACAAGGAUAAAAACAGUUCUCACCAGUGAUCAUGAACAUCGCCAACACUGCGUGUGCUGAAACCACAGUGCCUACAUCUGUAAAAUCAGUAGGAGCAGGAAACGCCGCCCAAGUAAUUCAGCACGUUUCCUCCUGUCAUGCAAAAAACCCUUUUGUUUAAACACAUCUACUUUGGGUGUAAAUAUAUUUAAUGAGUUUGUAACAACUUCAGGUGAAAGCUGUUAAUUCCAGAGACUGGUGAUAAUUUCUGCACUUAAAGAAACCAAGGAAGAAGUGCUUAAGUGGAAACUGUGGUUGGUUUCAAAUAGCCGGAUCUGCUUUCCCGCUGUCUGCUUUUGAACCCCAUACACUUCAAUGGCAGCAGCCACAUCAGACACUGUAGGACCUCCUCGCUCCUCCUAAGGCCGGGACAGUCCACAUCCACCAAAAUGAACUGCCAGGGUCAGCUUCCCCAUGCUUUAAAAGGCAUCUCACACAAGGACUGUUCUCCUUCCCUGCAGCUUUAAGGAAGCAAUUUCAAACCACUGUGCACACGCUAAGUGUGGGGGGCUGUUCUUUAAGCUUUGAUUUUUAUUUUUUUAAAUAGAUGAGUUAUUUACGUGAGCAAAAAAAUACAGGCACCUGAGUAAGCACACUACAUUGGAAUCUGUAGGCAUGUUGGUCAGAAGAUAGGUAAGCUAUAUAUAUAAAAUGCUUCCAGACCAAACCAAAAAGUUUUUGCCCAUCUGUACAGAACUGAUUUUGAAUGUCAGCUUUUAUUUCCUUUUUGACAUCAAAAAGGUCAAAAUCCUUCAAUAAUUGUUAUUAAAGUUGUUAUUAUUAACAUUAAAGAAUCCUGUACUGAGUUACUAAA